AUGGGUUGUGGAAUGAGUACGGAGGAGAAGGAGGGCAAGGCCCGGAACGAGGAGAUUGAGAACCAACUCAAGAGGGAUAAGAUGAUGCAGCGCAACGAGAUCAAGAUGCUUCUUCUAGGUGCUGGUGAAUCUGGAAAGUCCACGAUCCUCAAGCAGAUGAAGCUCAUCCAUGAGGGAGGCUACUCGCGCGACGAGCGCGAGUCGUUCAAGGAAAUCAUCUUCAGCAACACGGUCCAGUCGAUGCGUGUCAUCCUCGAGGCCAUGGAGUCGCUCGAGCUUCCGCUUGAGGACCAGCGCAUGGAGUACCACGUCCAGACCAUCUUCAUGCAGCCGGCUCAGAUUGAGGGCGAUGUCCUGCCCCCCGAGGUCGGCAGCGCCAUCGAGGCGCUGUGGAAGGACCGCGGUGUCCAGGAGUGCUUCAAGCGCUCCAGGGAGUACCAGCUCAACGAUUCGGCGAGAUACUACUUCGAUAACAUUGCCCGGAUCGCCGCCCCUGAUUACAUGCCCAACGACCAAGAUGUCCUGCGAUCGCGUGUCAAGACGACUGGUAUUACGGAGACCACGUUCAUCAUUGGCGAUCUGACCUACAGGAUGUUCGAUGUCGGUGGCCAGCGAUCAGAGCGAAAGAAGUGGAUUCACUGCUUCGAGAACGUCACCACAAUCCUCUUCCUCGUCGCCAUUUCCGAAUACGACCAGCUGCUUUUCGAAGAUGAGACGGUCAACCGUAUGCAAGAGGCGUUGACGCUGUUUGACUCGAUUUGCAACUCAAGGUGGUUCAUCAAGACGUCUAUCAUCCUCUUCCUGAACAAGAUCGAUCGUUUCAAGGAGAAGUUGCCCGUCAGCCCCAUGAAGAACUAUUUCCCCGACUACGAGGGUGGCGACGACUACGCCGCGGCGUGCGACUACAUUCUCAACCGUUUCGUCAGCCUGAACCAGCAUGAGACCAAGCAGAUCUACACGCACUUCACCUGCGCGACGGACACGACGCAAAUCCGCUUCGUCAUGGCGGCCGUCAAUGAUAUCAUCAUCCAGGAGAACCUCCGUCUUUGCGGCCUGAUUUGA